CACGGGGCGCCCGCUCCACCGCUGCUCAGUUUGUGUUCCGGGUGAUGCUGUUCCUGCCUUCAAAGCGGUCGGGGGGUGGGGGGGGUUUCGUGUGUCAACAUCCAGGGUUUUCCCCGGGGAGGCGUAGCAUUAAUACCUGAUGUUGCCUUGAAACAGCCUUUUCUUUUCCUCAGACCGCGUUAGCAACCUGCUAAAGAGCAGAAGACGCACCUUUUCUCCCGCCGCUUUUACGUUAGCUGAUGUUAUUUUAAAGGAUGACAGAGUACGAUGUGCCAACAGCCUCUCCGCUAAUUUAAUAAUAUCUGGAGACGAGCUAGCUUAGCCAGCUGGCCUUGUAGUUUCGGUGAGACCAGGGAAACGCUGCGAAACGCUCCGCUGACAUGAUGUUUCCUCAAUCCAGGCACUCGGCGUCAUCCCAGUCCGGCCAACCUCUGAAGUUCACCACCUCCGACUCCUGUGACCGAAUCAAGGACGAGUUCCAGUUCCUCCAAGCACAGUAUCACAGUUUGAAGUUGGAGUGUGACAAGCUGGCCUCUGAGAAGUCGGAGAUGCAGCGCCACUACAUCAUGUAUUAUGAAAUGUCCUACGGGCUCAACAUUGAAAUGCACAAACAGGCUGAAAUAGUGAAAAGACUGAACGGGAUCUGCGCUCAGGUGCUGCCUUACCUGUCCCAGGAGCACCAACAGCAAGUCAUGGGUGCGAUAGAGAGGGCCAAGCAGGUCACGCCUCCUGAGAUGAACUCCAUCAUACGGCAACAGCUGCAGGUGCAGCACCUGUCCCAGCUGCAGGGCCUGACCCUGCCCGUGGCCCCGCUGCCCCUGGGCCUCACCCCGCCCUCCCUGCCUGCCGUCUCCUCCAGCUCAGGCCUGCUCUCCCUCUCCUCCAUCCUGGCCAACUACUCCCACAGCCAGCCGCAGGCAGCCAAGGAGGACAAGGCCAGGGACGCCGCGGAGAGGGCGCCCAGAGCAGAGGACGGAGACAAGUCCGACUAGUGAAGGCACGCCGAGGUCACCGGGCCGAGGGGAGGCGAUGCGUGGGUGGGUGGGGAAGGGGUGUAAGUGUUUAAAACGAAACGGAGAAACAGACUGUAAACGGGGGUUGAUGCAGGUCUCGUAGAGGAGAAGCCACAGGGAGGACGGAGCCGAACCGUUUGGAUCCUGAAACGCUUAAAACCCGAGAGGUAACGUCUGUUUCAUUUAGCGGUAAUAGACUCAGUCCAGACCUCAGACUUUUAAUAGUUUCUUUGUGUGUAAUCAGUUAUUAGGCCUAACAAAUAUAAAUGUUUGUUCCUUUUUCGGAGAGAGGGCUGAGUGAGAAACGAUAACGGCAGACUUUCUUCACUUCCUUCCCGCGGGUCUGGCAGCGACAGAAAGCAGAUUUAAAAUCCUCCGAGUUCAUUUGGACCUUUUGUUCUCCAUGUCGGUGAAACUAAAGUCAGUUUAUUCCAAAUAAAACUCCAGUCUGUUUGAUACGACUUUUGAAAGACAAACGUCUGACUCUGAAGUCGGUUGCUUAUCCCAGAUGAGCAAAAUCUGAUCCUAACUUUGAUCACAUUAGACAGACCGCCGCUUUUAUUUUACUGAGCUGGUCCUCUGGAGAGAAAAGGUUAACAUCGUAUUUUUAGGACCAGACUGAAGAGUGUCGCUCCCGACAAAUCCAUCAUGAGACGAAGCUUCCAGUAAAUCGUGACCCGCUCGGUGAAUUUCAGCUUUCUAUCAAAAACAUAAUCCUCCUCCAGUGCACAGCAGGAAUGGCUCCUUAUCCAACUACAUCAAAUUCACUGACUGGAAGGUUGCAGGUAAAGAAAAGGUGAUUAAAUUAGUUUUUCUCUCUCGCCGUCGAACGCAGACGUGAAGCUCAGACACCAGAAUACUCUCAUUUUUUUACUCCUUUUGGACUCGGAGUCCUUCCUGACUAGACUUUGAGUGAGUUGUGUGCAUGUCGCAUCAAUUCUGUGUUGAGUUUCUGUGCUCAGAGAACCAACCGCGCCGCCUGCCGGCACGUUGGAUCGGAUUUCAUUCGCUGGUGUAAAACUGUUUUUGCUUCUUUUUUCUUCGUCUCAUUUAAAUGCUUCAAGUUAUCAAAGCAGGUUUAAUACCAGAGAAAGACGAGCUGAGUAGAUGUUUGUUUUAUGCUAAUUUCGUUUAUUAAGGCGGGAUAAAGCUAUUUAAACCAACCUGUUCCUCUGAAAGCACAUCAUUGUUUUCUUUUUUUUUCUAUCAAGUGUUGCGAUAUCCGAGUCUUUUCUUUACCUUUGCUCUAAAAUCUUAGACAUGAUUUUGUAACCCUUUCCUGACUGGAUGUCGAUGAGUUUUCCACGGUUUGGGGCAUACAGUGUUGCUGUUUGCGAUCUUUCAGCUCACCUGUGUUGUUAAACAGAAUCUCUUGAAGCGUUUCUUUAUCCUACAGGUGUGGCAAUCAUCACUUUGGGGAGUGGCUGGUGAAAUACAACCAGAAAAAUGCGGCUCGGUUCAUUAUUUAAUUCACGAUUCAUCAAAAACGUCAAAUAUAUUUUCAUUGGAUCAGGUUGAUUUAGUGUGUUUUUUUUAAUAAACGUAAUUCAUUUCUAAUUAUUAGGAGUAUCUCUGACAGUUUUAAAUUUCUUCAAAUAGCACCAUGGUUGGAUUUUAAUUUUCUUGUUCGACAGCAGAGGGCAGCAUUGCUCUCUAUUCCAGGAUGAAAAGAAAGAAAAGUUUUUAUUUUUAUUUUUUCCUCCCCCUGAUCUGCAUUUCCUGCUUGCUUUCACUCCUUUUACUCGAAUUACAUGAACACCUGAGAUCAGCAUUAAAAACUUUACCCUCUUUAUCUUAAUUUGAAGCACUUAAGAUUUGUAUCAGUCCUGUUCUGCUUUUCUUCUGGCUGCUGGAGAAGUUAAAAGAUUUAAGAAAAAAAAAAAAAAAAAAUAGAGAGAGUCUCUUGGUGAGAUUUAACUUUGACACAUUUACGAGCUCGCUCUCCUAAAACCCCCUUUUGGCAAAACUCAGACAUGUGAAUAGUUUGUGCGUUUGUUUUGCUGUGAAGGGCCAAUUUGUAUACAUACGGAUAUAUCAAUAUACAUAUUUUUUAAAGCAUUUUUGUAUGUUUCAAAGCUGCUUUUUAAUGUGUGUGUGUGUGUAUAUCAUAAAAAGACCUUGGUGUCGUAUGUGUGCGCGCAUUACAUGCAUAGAGGCGCAAUGUUGUAUAACAUGGUUUUUUGUUGUUGUUUAAUUUCCUUCUUCUCAUUGUCUUGUAACAUUAAUUCUAGUUUUCUACAUGUUUCUUUCUUUUUCUGUGCAAACAAACAAAAAAACCCUGUUUAAAUGUGUCAAGAAACACAUUUUAAAAAUACUCGGGACAGAAAAAAAAUGAUGUAAGCAAGCAGCUUGUACUUAAGAAUGAAUCAACCUUUUAGCAGUAAGGAAGCUUCUCUGGUGCCUUACAAAUAAAAGAUGUGAUUAAGAGUG